UACUGUCGAUACGUGCUGCGCGCGUGCGUGCAUGUGUGUGAGUGUAGACAGAUGGAUAUACAGUAACGAGCUGCGACGUGCGCGUAUGGUUGCGCGUCUUCGUACACGAGGGUUUGGGCACGUAUCUUAUAUAUCGGUGUGUCACUGUAAUGUGCGUUUGUCGUCCAUUGAUGUCGUUUUGACACAGGUGACGUAGACCGUGACGCGCCUUAACGAUGAGAUAAGCGGAUCCGCUCUGUGUAACUUCAGUUUGAGGUUAAAAGGUCAUCAGACAAUCCUGUGUCACCGUGUGCCACUAGAAGAAUGAAGACGUCAACAGCAGCAGCACCUUAAUGACCAAUGAACAGACUGGGACGAGGCAGACUACUCUGUCUUUGGCCUCACUCUUGGCAGCUGACCUUUGACCCAUCAUGGAUUAAAAAUGGCACUUCGGCUGAGACAGGGAGGGAUCUCACUCUCCAGGAAUUCUGGGAAUUUAACAAACGUGUUUGUUUGAAACAGGAUUGCACAGACUGGAAAGGUUUUUUUUUUUUUAUGCAAGCAACAUGGUUCAUUGAAGAUGGAAUAAGAUCUGAGUGGGAGAUGUCCCCGAAGAAAAACUGACGACAAAAUAGAAUUUGACUCAAGGAUGGAGCAGGAUUUUACACAGUAGGAUCUCAUAUCUCUCUCAUCAGUUGUUGAUACUUGGAUUCACUACCCUGGAUUAAUAUUAGCCAGUGUGAAGAUCCCAAACCUUUACACCCUCUUUCAAAAAAACUCUUAUUAAGCCUCGAACUGAGAUCUUUUCCAUUCCUCGUUGUUGUGAAUGGAUGCGUGACUCUUCUAAAGCUAGAAGGUGACAUUUCCCUUCAGCUUCAAACUGUAACUCGGACUCCUGCUCAGUGUCAUAAAAAAAAAACCUCCAAACAUGGCUGCUACAGGAAGGAAGCAUUUGGUGAGAGAUUUUAACCAUUUCAUCACCUGUUUCCUGUGUCGAGGUUACCUGAUUAAACCAACCACGGUCACCGAGUGCCUGCACACCUUCUGUAAGAGCUGUAUUGUGCAGCACUUUGAGGAGAGUAAUGACUGUCCUAAAUGUGGCAUUCAGGUCCAUGAGACCAACCCACUGGAGAUGCUCAGAUUGGACAACACGCUGGAGGAGAUCAUUUUCAAGCUGGUGCCCGGACUGAGAGAAAAAGAGGAACAGCAGGAACUUGAAUUCUGGAAGAAGAACCAGCCCAAAGAAAACGGCCAAGCAGAAAACUUGAGGUGUCAGAGGUUCGGGCUGCCUGAUGUUGGAGGCGACGAUGGUGAUGCCGGUGGUGAUGAUGGUGAUGAUGGCGGCAAUGACGACUACCACAGGAGUGACCCUCAGAUAGCCAUCUGCCUGGACUGCCUACGCAACACGGGACAGUCAGGGGAGAGCACUGUCACGGAUUUGAUGAAGAGGUUCAUCCGCUGCUCCAGUAGAGUCACCGUGGGAACAAUUAAGAAGUUUCUCAGUCUUAAACUAAAGCUGCCUAGCUCGUAUGAGCUGGAUGUGCUGUGUAACGGCGAGAUCAUGGGCAGAGAUCACACCCUGGAGUUCAUCUAUAUGACCCGAUGGAGGCUGCAUGGAGAGAAUACGUAUCCCAUGGUUCUUGAGUACCGGCCACGUAUCGACUUUGGAUGAACUACGGCUGCAAGAAGAGGACCACAUACACACACUUACACAUGUAUAUAUAAAUGCACACAUACACACACAUUAUAAACGCCUAUAUUUGCACGUGGACAAACACAACACAAUCAACAUACACACGCCCACAAUGUGCAGAGAAAGAGAAAGAUUUUAAUGUAUUUUUGUACAGCGACAUGAUGAUGAAGUGCAUACGUUGUUAUGGUAAAGAGGUUUUAUGCUACAUAGAAUAAUAUAUGCUAUAAUAUAUGAUAUUUUUAAAUGUAUGUCCCUGUGCCUAAAAACCUGUUGAGAUCAGAAAUGAAGUAUGAUCAUAUCUUCACUUUGCCUGUCUAACUCUGUAGAUUAAAUGUUGAUUUUCUACUGUU